CCCUUGCUUGACGUAAGGUUUAUCUAUAUAUAUAAGCUAAACUGAGUAACCUGCUGUCUACCACCUGCAAAAAAAAACCCCUCCUUCCUUCCCUGGUAUAUACAGAAAUUAAUAAUAUUGUACGUGUAUGCAAACUUCAACAGUAUAUUUCGAGCAGUCUUGGAAAGAAUACCGGGAAGCCUACAUGAUGAAAUAAGUAGUACGUUGCUUAUCAGAUAUCCAAAGGAACUGCAUAAACAGGUUUGAGAAGAGAAAUAGAAGGCCGCCGCCCGCCGGCGGCAACCAAAGCCUAUAGGAAACCCAAGAAUUUGCAAAGCUUUUGAGAUCAUAGAAGGUGUAGCUUCCGCGCGCGGCAAUGGACAGACCAGAAGCAUCUCCGUCUUGUCGUGACGUCGUUCUGAGUUUUAGGGGUUCCAGCAAAUUCCCAGACCAGUUACUUACUGCAUUAGUCGAAAGAGGAAUACAUGCUUUCAAGGAUGACCCAGAACUUAAACGUGGUUCAGAAAUUUCUACAGCCGUUUGCGAUUCAAGAGUUUCUGUCGUUCUCUUGUCAGAAAAGUAUGCAAACUCGACGUGGUGUUUAGAAGAACUUGCAUGUAUUCUCAAACACAAGCUGGAUGUGAUGCCAAUUUUCUACGGUGUUGAUCCCUCCGAUGUACGAAACCAAACAGGGAGACUUGCAGCACAGUUUAAGAUAUUUGAAGACAAAUAUAAGGAUGAACCAGAGAAGGUGAUAAGGUGGAAAGCUGCUCUUACUGAAGUGGCAAAUCUCUCUGGCUGGAAUUCAAAGGGCCGGUGUGAAUCAGAUCUGAUCAAAGAUAUUGUCAAAGAUGUAUGGCAAAAAUUGCAUCCUGGAUUGCCCUUUCACUCACCUUCACAAUUGGCGGUUAAUAAGAUUGGCUCCACACGAUAUUCUUCUUCUUCUUCCUCUUCUCAUCAAAAAAAGAAGUGUGAUGUCUUUAUAAGUUUCAGAGGAAAGGAUACCCGCUCGAAUUUUUUCAGCCAUCUAUACAAUGCCUUGGUUGACUACGGAAUUUCCACGUAUAGAGAUGACAUACAUCUUGAAAGAGGAAAAUCCAUUCCCUCAGAACUUGUGAAAGCAAUUAACGAAGCAAGGAUUUGUCUCGUCAUUUUUUCACCCAACUUCACUUCUUCAACAUGGUGCUUGGAUGAACUCUCCCAAAUUCUUCAAAAACGAAACAGAGUAUCUGUGGUGCGGAAUGGAACUCUGGAGUCAUUUGGAGAACAUGAAGAUGUUUGUUUGAGCAAUAGAGAAAAAGUGGAGAAGUUGAUGCCUACCCUUAGACAUGCAGCCAUGUUUAACAGAGGAGCCAGCUGCCAACUGACCAAACUUAGACUGUUGGUUAACUACAACGGGAUGUGGACUAAUGCCGGAUACAUUGGUGGCAAAACAAAAGGUAUACUUGUUUCAGAGGACAUUACAUAUCAGGAACUUGAGGACCGAGUUUAUCGCAUUGUCGGGGUAGAUCCAAGAGAAUAUAAGAUGAUAAUGAAGGCCAAAUAUGAAUCAAAAGAUCCCACUCAACCUGUAGAGAUAAUCGACGACGAAGAUCUUGGAUUUUUCAUUUUAGAAAGUCUUUCAGAUGAGCGCUGCAGAAUUCCAUUGUGCAUAACUCUAGAACCACAUAAGGAUGAUCCAAGAUAG